UUUCUAUCUGUAUAAAUUACCAAAGAAAAAGAUAGGAAUAAAAUAAAGAGUUAGAGAAAGCAUCGAAUCAGCACCAUCUACAUGUUGAUGCUGGCAAUUAAAAAUAAUUCCUUUUGGUAGAGUUGGAAAGUGCAACUGAACAAAUUGAACACUCUACUACAUCAAUUUAUUAAUAGGAUUUACAAUGGGCAAUAAUUACUCAGACGGCAUGAAUUCUACAUACCAUUCAAUAUCUUCUGAUGAAAGAGAAAAACAUCGGUGGUCUAGUUUCGAAUAUUAUCCUUUCAAGUGCGGGAGAAGGAGAACUGUGUAUAAAGGUAUCUCAUUCGAAUCAAAACGUAAUGACGAGAUCGAAGAACCAACAGAAGGAAAUGUUCAUGGCAAAGGUACUGAAACUAAGAGGGUAAAAACCACCGACACUAUUGACAAUUCAUACUGGUCAAAAAGAAAAUGCGUCGUAAAAACGGCAAGUAAAGACGACAUAAUGAUGAAUGAUAAAAGCAAUACGGAAUCGCAGUGGUUUAGAAAAAUGUUUAUUACAGGGAACGACACUAUCAGUUUGUUUCGGAAAGAACUAAAUAUAGAAGCAGAAAAUAAAUUAGGAAUUGCUUUUGCUAAAUCUUAUUUGACAGAGAUCGACAGCAUGCCAUCAUUAUGGAACCCAAUUUGUCACUAUUGUUGUAGAUAUAAAGGUAGACUCAGAAUGGGUGACAUUGUUUUGAUAGAGGACAGAAUAGAAGGACCAUUCAGGCAUUUUAUAACCGUCGAUGGGACUUGCGAAGAUGACUGUCCUGCUAUUUUAAACUCGUUUCUCCAUUUCACAUACCACCAGAGUGAAGGAAAGAUGGUUAUGUGUAACUUUCAAGGAGCUGAGGAGAAAAGCAAUAUCCUUCAUCUUACCGUGCCAACAGUUCAUUCAAUUGAGAGGUCAUUUGGACCAAAAGACCAAGGCGAAGAAGGUAUUAAAGAAGUUCUAUUGAACCAUAAAUGUAACGAGUUAUGUCGUAAAGACUGGUUGAAACCGUAGUACAAAAACCAACACUUUCAUAGAAAGCUAAACUGUAAUAAUCCGUAUGUGUAAUAAAUCAAAUUAAGACGACUUUCGCCGAAAACAUUUGAAAAGUAAAAAACACCAAAGAUCAAUAACAGUAAAGGGACCAAAAGGAAUACUGAAACACAUCUGAAGGCAGAUUUGACAAAGGGAAAUGGAAUUUGGGUUUGAAAAAAAUGUAUAAAAUUAGACUUUAUAAAACAUUGUAUGAUUACAAAUCGAAAGAUAAAUGAAUCUUGUGUAUAUCUUGAAUCAAGUGAUUUGUGACACAACAAAAAAAAAUAACAAUUUUAGAAAUGUUAUCGUUCACGAGAUUUUUUUCAAUAUGAGAAAUCAUACUGAAGGUAUUUAUCUACACGGAGUUAUUUUCUAUCAGAACGAUAUAUCAUUUCUUUGAAGGAUCAAACCAGACGAUACCCAGUCUCAAUGAAAAGUACUUAGAGGCAUAUAUCUAUAUAUAACAUUGUAUUUAUUUCUAUAAUUUCAAAUCCUAACUAUCCAUCUGCCUGUUCAUAUUUUUAUUUUGGGUAUUGCACAAGUCAGGUCCUCUUUGACUGUCCAUGGCGUUAAACAGUAAAUCCCAGCAAUGUGUAAUCUAUGAUGCAUUAAUUUUUUUAUGGUUUAUUAUUUUGGGUUUUAACUAACUUUCAGAAACUGCAUGCAUCACUUUUGUUAUAUGUAAAUGUACCACCUUUGAUAAGUAUUAAGUAUGACGAUACAUUUUUACUUCUCGUAAUAUGGCCAACAAACUAUUUUCGCCAGUACUCAGUACAACACAAUUGUUUUACAUCUCCCCACCCCCUAUGACAAAAAUUAGUACUAGAAGAUGCUCGCGAAAUUGCGAUACAAUUGGUCAAGUUUUGC